GUCUUUCAAGGUCCUGGCCCAUCACCAAUCAUUAAUCUCGCCAUGCUGCCAAAAUUGAGCAAACACGCCCCCACGCGCGGGCUCGAAACCCUACCUGAAGAGUCGCCCGUCUGCGACUUCUACAACUUCAACAACUAUGAUUGCGAUAGAGAGCGUUAUUUAAUCGACCAGGACAAACGAAGAAGGCGAAGAAGGCGAAUGUCGGCAUCCAACAGCAGCGCUUCCGACGCCGGCAGCGACGACCGGGACGCCGAGAUUCGACGCUUGCAAGAUGUAAUUAGACGCAACCGCGAAUUCAGCAAUAUACUCGUUUGGUCAACUGCAUUUUUCGCGGCGCUGUUCGCGAUGGUCACCAUGGCGCUGUAUAUGGCCUUGAUAGCUUACUGGCAUAAGUUAGACGGCAGCAUGGCCUGCCACGGCCGCCCGCCGGCUUCCCGCCUGCUCCCGCCUGGAUGCGGCAUUCAUGGAGAUGUGAGGGGCCUGUGGUGGCCUGUGCAGCGUAUGGGCAGCCUGUCACGCCCUGACGUAUAACCAGACAUGGCGUGUGCAGGGCGUUCCGGGAGUCAGGCUUUGCUUGGGUUUGUGGCACGUCGCCGUGCCUGUUUCGUGUUUAGCGACGGCCAACUCCUGAGCAACUGGCCAUGCCGGCUCUGCGUGUGUGAAGGCUGGCGCUGUGUGACUGGAACGGCAACUUGUCAGGAUGUUAACGUGCCUGCAAGUGGGCGCCGCUAUGCGUGCCGGUUACUUUGCACAGAGUUGCGUGAAAAUGAGGCCCAAAUCGUGAUUAGUUCCGCAACACUCGUCAAUGAUUGGGUUGGUUGACGGGGUGUUCCUGGUGCGCCAAAUGUUGGAAGCACAUUUGCAAGGCUUAAUCUUCGCCAAAACUGUGAUUUGUCUUUCUAUUGAGCGACUU